GCGAGACAGCGGAAGAACGCAGCUACGUCGUAGUAAACGGCUUAACAACGAAAAUGCCGCGUUUAUAACAUAGUCAGCGGUUUUAGGUCUUACUUUAGUAUUCAAGAAUUUAAUAAUAGUGGUUUGAGAAAUUUCUAGCAUGUUACAUUAAAGAAGAAAUAUAGAAACAGAACAAUAACUGAGCUCGAUGUUGUUUUAGUAAUAGUUCAGCAGCGACACGUGGCCGUUUCCUCUAACCAAAAGGAGGGAUAAAGGAUUAUCGUCGCUGCUCUUCGUUACUUGUCGCUUUUUCUACCUCUUCGUUGACUGCACUCGCUGCUUGCCAGAUGGAGAAGCAGCCCUUGCCAGCUGAUGAUGACAGGACAGAAGCCACAGAAGUUGAUGGGCUCACUGGAGAGAGCAGCCCGCAGGAGACGUCUGAGCCAGACGCCCGAGCCGGAUGGAACAGUAAAAUAGAGUACUUUUUGGCUCAAGUGGGAUUCAGCGUUGGACUCGGCAAUGUCUGGAGGUUUCCGUAUUUGUGUCACCAGAACGGAGGAGGAGCCUUUCUCCUGCUGUACAUCCUGCUGAUGCUGAUUGUGGGCAUCCCCUUGUUCUUCCUGGAGUUGGCAGCCGGUCAAGCCAUCCGACAGGGCAGCAUCGGAGUAUGGAAAUAUAUCUCACCCAGGCUCUCUGGCAUUGGUUACUCCAGCUGUGUGGUUUGUUUCUUUGUGGCUCUCUACUACAAUGUGAUCCUUGCAUGGAGUCUUUUCUAUCUCGGGAACUCAUUCCAGCACCCAUUACCUUGGGAGAAGUGCCCAGAACAGGGGAAUGUAACAGUAAAGGAAUGUAUCAAGAGUUCUCCCACGUCGUAUUUCUGGUACCGCAAAGCUCUGGAUAUCACAGAUUCAAUCGAUGAGACGGGCUCUUUCAACACUUACAUCGUCUGCUGUCUGCUGGCAGCCUGGACCAUCGUGUGUCUGGGGAUGUUCAAGGGUAUCAAGACGUCUGUAAAGGUGAUGUAUUUCUCUUCCAUCUUCCCAUACGUGGUGCUGUUCUGCUUUCUCAUCCGAGGGCUCCUGCUGGAUGGAGCGUUUGAAGGAAUCGGCUUCAUGUUCUACCCCAAGUUGGAAAUCUGGGCAGAUGUGCAGGUGUGGCGGCAGGCAGCUACGCAGGUUUUCUUUGCGCUGGGCCUUGGCUUUGGGUCCAUUAUCGCCUACUCUUCCUACAACCCCAGGAACAACAACUGCCACCGUGAUGCCUUCACCGUCUCCUUCAUAAACUUCCUCACAUCUGUGCUGGCUACUCUGGUGGUCUUUGCUGUCCUUGGUUUCCGAGCUAAAAACAGGGUCAUGGAGUGUGUAGCCAGCAACUUGAAUGACCUGUCAAAACACUUUCACGACGGUCUUGUGCCCAAUAACGUGAUGCCACCGUUUAACUACUCUGAUCCCAAAUCUGUGGCUCUGAAGGACUACAGUAACUGGUUCGAACAGUAUGCAUCUAUGGUGCCUGGCAAUUUAACAGACUGUGACCUGGAAAAAGAAAUGCAGAAGGGUGUGGAGGGAACAGGUCUAGCUUUCAUCGCCUUCACAGAGGCCAUGACCCUCCUACCUGGCAGCCCUUUCUGGUCCGCCCUCUUCUUUCUCAUGCUACUCAAUCUUGGACUCAGCACUAUGUUUGGCACUAUGGAGGGCAUCCUCGCCCCCCUGAGUGAACGCUUCAAAUGUCUGGCGAGGAACAAAACCAAGCUUACAAUUGCCAGCUGCAUCAUUGGCUUCCUGCUUGGCCUGCUCUUCACUCAGCGCUGUGGGAACUACUUUAUGAUGAUGUUCGAUGAUUACUCUGCGACGCUGCCACUCAUCAUCGUGGUGGUUUUUGAGACUUUCAGUGUGUCUUGGUUGUAUGGAGCUGAUAGAUUCCUUAAUGACAUUGAAGGAAUGCUGGGCUGGCGUCCCAGUGUUGUUUACAAAUACCUGUGGAAAUACAUUUGCCUGUUUGCUAUGCUUGGGCUGCUCGGAGCCACCACUAUCCGCAUGUUCCUGUCUCGCCCCAAGUAUAUGUCAUGGAACCAGGAAAAGGCUUCUGAGGAGCAUUUGGAAUAUCCUGACUGGGCUCUGGCUGUUUUGGCUUUAUUAAUAAUAUUUGCCACACUGCCCGUGCCAGUGGGCUUCAUCCAUGCGUUUCUACAGAAGAGAAACACACAAAGUAGGGAUGCAGAGAAUGGUCACUACAGGAUGGUUAACACUGAGGAAACUGCUAUGACUGACCUUUCAGCACUGGAACAUAGGAAUGGGGACGCUGCUCCGGUUUCCUAAACCCUCAACAAAUGGGCUGUAUUUAAGGAGAAGGAACUUGUCAGUGAUAUAUAAGCUGAUGCAUUAUAAAGGGACAGUCAUUUUGUUACUGAGCCUUGCAGUUACCUCACUUGUUCAAAAUCAGAAACACAUCUACAUAAUGCCAGCUGUUAAACUGCAUAUCCGUCAUGGCCUCUGUGAAGGCGGUGAACUACAUUAAAAGAGGAAGUUAAGCAAGAAAGAUGAGCCACAGUGAGCUGCACAGCUUCUCUGCUGUUGCUCACAGAAUGAUGGAAGAAGCUUGAUUGUAAUCCAAGGUCUUCACUAACAGGACAUGAGUUCCCAGGAGUCUGACCUGUAGUAUUAAACUACGUUUUCUGUUACUGCCACUAAUUACAGAUGCUGCCAAAUUCGUCAGAAAUAUUCCAAACGGCCAUUUUAAUAUUUUCCUUUCUUUUUAAACUUUUAAAGUCAAACUAGAUCUAGAUGCUAAAGAUGCUCCAGCAGCUUUUAAAAAGUUUGUAGUAUGGAACAGAUAAUUUAUUGAUUUGUGAAAACUAUUGGGUAAAAUUUCCAUUAAGUUAUUUUUUACCAAAGUUAGUGUCCAAAGAAGCAAAAAUAUGCUUUUAAUAUAAGCUGUAAAUAUUCUAUGAUCCCAAAGCCAGUGUUGGAAACCAGGGUUUGGACCAUCAGAGCCUCUGCUCCUGACCACUGCCCAGUCCACAAUGUACGGAACCCCACAGUACCUCCUGCUGGCCCCCUCACUGAGGACAAUUUUGCUGUGGGGGAACGUACGAGGGGCUAUAUUCCUAAUGGGUGUUCAACUCUACUGUGGCUAACAAAGGGAGUGAGACAAAGGAGGCCCUGGGUCAGAUCUAUGAGACAGAGGAAGUGUCUGGGGAGACGGACAGAGGUCUGACCAUCUCUGCUAUGCAGCAGCCCCUGAAACGCAGAUCCAGAAACGGCAGAGGAUGAUAAACAUUUAUGUUAUAGUUGUUUUGUUAACGUUGUUACAUAGUUAACAUUCAUUUACAUCGUCCUUUCACUCUCGUAGUUUCUCUUCUUUCUGUUGGUCAUUCAUUAUGAUAACCUGAGAAUUGUGAUUGAUCAUGAGCCGGCUGAGCUACCGCGUCAUUAACCUGUCACUGCUGUCUCUGUUGAAGUCAAACUUGUAGCGACUGCUAAGUAUUUUCACUGUAUGUUUAUAUUUUUCCUGAGCAACUUGGAUUAAUACCUACAGUACAACACUGUGCAGGUUUACUAUCACGUUUACUCCAGAUAUGAGUCGCUUUAGCUACGUAUGCUGCUGUUCAGCACAGCAUGUUUACAGUCAAAAAAACAACCGAGACCAGACUCUGUGUUUGAACUCGAUAAGACAUUUUACACUACGUAAGCAGGUGUAGCUGCCCAGGUUAUAAUAAACAUGCAGGCUAGCAUUAUUUGUUCAAGGACACAGUUGAUAAGUGUGUGGUGAGGUUUUUAUGUCCUCUGUUUUUUAAACUCUUCGGUAACAAAGUCAGUGCAAAACAAAAUCUGCACAUCUGUGUAUUUAGAGUACAAAGACUGACUGAAGCUGUUGUCAAGUGACAUCAUGCUCAUGCAACAAAAAGAUAAAAAGAUAUUUAUAUGAUGUGUAUGUAUGUAAAUGGUACAUGUAAAAUAGUUUUUAUUGCUAAACAUUUGAGUAGUUUUUUUGUAGUUGUAAAUGGAAAAUUGCCUAAAGGACCUUUUGUGUAUGUUUUUUGUAAAGAUUAAUAUAUUUUUUAGACUUCAUUGCUCUGUGAUAUCGUCUCACAGCUGCAGUGUGUUUUCUGGUUUAGUUUUUCCGUUUUAUCAGGAUAUAGUUGAAUAAAUUGACUUGAUGGAUCAUUAUGCUGUUUAAUCCCGGGGGCCUUUAGCUCUAAUAGGGCAGAAUGAACAAACCGUUAAAAGCAUCCUAGCAUUCUUGUAACUUUAAAAACAUUUCUUUUGACAUUGCAGUAGUGUUCAAAAUGUAUGUAAGAUACUAUUGUUGUAUUAUUUGUUGCUGUUCUUUUCUUAAUAAACUUUAGC